AUGGAGCAAUCGAAAGUGACCUGCUUCACACGGAUGAGAUCUAAAGUCCACCAUAUCUGCAAUCGCAAGGGCAAGGAGAAGGAAAAGCAAGAAUCCGAAUUACCAUCCUCUCUUGCGCCGGCCAUCGUCGAUCCCCAAGAACAGGCAGACAGCGAGCCUGCUGUGAAGCCUGCCAUUAUCGAGGUGCAAAGUAUUGGUGAAGCUUCAGCUAGUGGAGCUAUUCUGGAUGAGUCAACGCUGCCCGAGCCUCUUUCUCUUCAGACAUGCGGCGAAGAUGAUAAUCGCGAACAGAUCAAACCUGAGACUCCGGAACGACCCCAAAAUGCUAAACGUGACUUGUGGCACGAGGCCUAUGUAAGGCUGGCUCCCGAGCUUCAAGAGAACCUGAAAAGCCUUGGCUUUGAUCAGCAGAGUCCUGAACCUGUGAAGCAGCGGAUAGAAGGCGUCCUAGCUGAAGCCAAAAGGCAACGGGACAAAUGUGAAGAGAAAGAUUGGAUCAUCAAGGUUGGAGAUCAUGAGAUCAAAGUUCGCGAUACAGCGGUGCAGAUAAUCGGGUGGGUUACAAAGAUCGGAGACCUUGCUGUUGGAUUCGCUCAGCCAGCAGAAGGGCCCUGGUCCGUGAUCAAGCUUCUUCUAGGUGGCAUCGAAGUCUAUGACAAAGAAAAGGGUGCCUUGCUUUCUAUUGUAGAAAACGUUACCCGUGUGAUAUAUUCCGGCCAGAUUUACGAGUCUAUCUACAAGUUGGAUAAAGCCGGAGUGGAGCCUACUAGUCGACUCUAUGAUGUUCUGGUGGAGAUUUACAACUUUAUAUUGGAGCUGGUGAUCAAGUCAACCGACGUUUCCUCUAACACGGCUGUCCAAUUUCUAAAAUCUGUGUUCGAUCCAGAAAAAGCAUCAGAUAUGCUGUGUACCUUGAGAGACCACAAAUCUAGGCUUGCGGAUGCCGUUCGUGUAUGUGAGGCUACGGCUCAGGCGAACCUGGAUUCUCUCCUACGAAUACAACUUGAGGAUGCUCACAUGGCACUAGUCGGUGUUACUCAUCGAAUUGAAAACGUAGUGCAGCGAAUGGACGAUCAAGAGCGGGACAAGCUACUUUCCUGGAUAUCAGACAUAAAGUACGGCAAUCACCAUGACCACGUAGUGGAAAGAAGAACACCCGAAACCGGAACGUGGCUGAUACGACAUGAAACAUUCCGCGAAUGGAGGGAUACGACUUCAUCUGGCAUACUGUGGCUUCGAGGAUAUCCUUGCUGGUCCCUUGAGCGACUGUCAAUCGAUGCUUUAGAUGAAGUUGCUGUCAAUGAACGACGCCAAUUGAUACGAGUGCUUGAUGAGCUUGUCUCACAGUCCACGAGCACGGUCAAAGUCUUCAUUGCGAGUCGACCUGAUGGAGAUAUUUCGUUCCAAUUUGCGUCGAAGCUUAAUGUGCAGAUUAGGGCUGCAGACAACAUGGAGGACAUUGACAAAUUCGUUACUAACAAGCUUGAGGAAAUUACCGCUUUGGCAGACUUACCAUCAUACCUGAAGAUUGACAUUAGGAAGGCUCUUUUAAGUGGUUGUGACAAUAUGUAA